AUGUCGGAUAGACCUUGGUUCAUCUAUGAUCAUUACUUGACUGUUAAAGAGUGGACUCCAGAUUUUCAUCCGGAGAAUGAUUCUAUCGUGAAUGUCGCAGUGUGGAUCAGAAUCUCCGGUCUUUCAGUGGAGUAUUAUGACCCGAAAGUUUUGCAUGUUAUAGGGAAUUUGGUUGGUCGAACAGUCAAAGUUGAUAAAAAUACUCUUCAAAGUGAACGAGGAAAGUGCGCAAGGAUCUGUGUCGAAGUCGAUAUUUCGAAGCCCCUCCUUGCUAUGUUUGAGUUGAAGAAUAAGAGCUACAGAAUUGAAUUUGAAGGAUUGCAUUUGUUAUGCAUUACAUGUGGCAAGUUUGGACAUUAUAAAGAGGGAUGUCCAAUGAAGAAGAAUGUGGAUGACAAGAUGGUAAACUCAGAUAGUCAGAAGCAAAAUGUUGACAUGGCUUUAACCAUGAGAAAUACGACAGAGGAAGGAAAGGCUUUGGGAGAUGAUGGAGGAGAAACGAGUGGGAUUGAAAAGGAAAGCAUUAAUGGAGAUGCACCGGUAAAGGAAAAUUAUUCUGCUCAUAAUGGAGUAGAUAUGAGUAAUGAUGUGGAAAUAAUGGAAAAGGUAAGCAAUGAUAAGGCAAUUAAUAAGGAGACAGUAGGGACAAAAACAAAUGGUGCUUUCAAGGCAUUAAUGGAUGAUGGCCGACAGGAUGUGACAAAUGGCAAUGAUAGAGAAAUAUCUGUGGAGAGACAGAAAACAGUAACUAAAAAACCUAAAAAAAAAAGGGAAAACAGCUAG